AUGGGAUUCUUCCAGAGACUUCGUAAAGCCAUUAUUAAUUUCAUAUCCUCUACGGAGACCUCGAUUACCUCGACUUUCCAUACACCAAAUGACGAAAAAGCACAGGUGAUUCAAAAAGGGAAGUUUAUCUUCCCGGCUGAAAGUGAUCGUCACGAAGCCACUAUUCUCGGAUUUCCAUCCCGAUGUUCUUUGCCACCAGACCAGUACGAUGCAGUAUGUGGCGAGUUGAUUCAGCUGGCCGCAGCCAUAGCGGAGUUCGAACCAGUUCGCCUGUAUGCCCGUCCAGAGGACAUAAAGCUUGCUGAAUCCCUGGUCAAGGCAACUGUCAACAAGAUUUCCCGAGUCACCGUCAUCCCGUCCCCAAUCAACCACUGCUGGGUGCGCGACACCGGCCCUGUAUAUGUGCGUGAUGCAACAGGGGAAUCUCCAAAGCGCCGUUUUGCUAUUAAUUUUCGAUUCAACGAGUGGGGCGGCAAGAAGCCGGAAGAUGAGGGAGUGGCUUGGGGCCAACAGUGGCCGCUUAUGAAUGACAAGACGCUUCAAGAAAAUACGGACUUCGCGCGUUAUGUGAUUGAACACGACCGCAAUCCAACGCUGGUCACACGCGUUGAUGCCCCAAUCCGUGCUGAAGGCGGCGGUUUGGUGGUAGAUGGCGAUGGAACCCUAUUGAUCACGGAGAGUAGCAUCGUCUGCAACAUCCGCAAUCCAGGACUUACUAAAACCGAUAUUGAGGAGGAGCUAAAGCGGUUGCUCGGUAUCGAGAAAGUAAUCUGGUUCCCAGGGCGGCCCAACGUGGACAUCACAGACGUGCACAUGGACGCGGAGGCGCGUUUCAUACGUCCCGGUGUGGUUGUCUACUCGAAGCCCCACGACAUUGCCCCUGAUCUUUGGAAAGAAUUGUCAACUGAGAUCCGCGAGAUCCUGGGCCGUGAGACCGACGCCAAGGGGCGCAAUUUCGAAAUCCACACCAUUGAAGAGCCAGACCCUCGUGGCUUGGUCAAAUCUGCCGAUGAUGAGUUGGCCGCUAGCUACGUCAAUUUCUACUUUGUGAAUGGCGGCCUGAUCAUUCCCAAGUUUGGUGACGAACAGAGAGACCAAAAGGCUCUGGAAAUCUUGCAGGCUCUGGCCCCUGAACGCGUCGUCAAGCAGGUUUACACUAAUGCCAUUCCUCUUACAGGUGGAGUGCUGCACUGCGUCACCCAGCAGAUUCCUGCUCUGGAGGCAUGA